AUGAGAGGGACACCAGUGUCACCACCGUGUGUAGGUGGAUACGACGCUGGAAAAGCAGAGGGCAAUGUCAACACAAGACCUCGCAGCGGUAGACCUACUAAAGAGAGGUCGAGACGGAAGCAAAAGGUCAUUCAUACAGUAAUGACUCAAUCUACGAUCUCGUCAGUGGCUCUCCAGCUUGCCACGCAGGAUGAGCGUCACGAGAAAGAUGUUAUGCAUUCCUUACCAGAGGAUCAAGGGUUAACACAUGCAUAUGCAGCUGUGGACGCCCUUCUCUCAGUCGUGCAGCAACAAAAUUGCUCAGUGAUUCUUGUCACUGACAGUAGCAUAUCUACCCUGGCAUCCCUCGAGUUGUGGUCUUCCUGGGGCGUGGCAGUGUUCAUGGUGGCAGAGAGCGACCAUGACUCUAACGUGACGCAGGCUCAGCUCUGUCUAGUGGUUGAUCAGGCUCGUCGGCUACGGCAAGUGUCAUGGUGCGUGACAGUGGUACUAGUGAGUGACAGCGCACAGUUCCUCGCCUCCUUCACUGAGUGCUCCCGACAGGGUCGUCUCUUAGUAUGGUCAACGAGGCUCCUCGCCGUCACCAGCCUGUCUCUCCAGCAGUUGCAUCAACUGCAUGAUUUUUUUUCGAUGUCAAACGCAAUGCUUUUGAUUUUGCAAAAGACCUCAGAAAAUCUUUGGUGUAGUGUGUAUAUAUAUCUUCCAUACUGUCCAAAGGGAUCCCCGGCGCUGCAGUUGGCCUCUUGGACUCCCACUCGAGGACUCGUUCUCACUUCUCACCUUCCACUCUUCCCUGACAAGUUCUUCAAAUUCAUAAAGAGACCGACACUUCUAGUAGCAUCGGAGGAAUUUCAGAGUCAGAGAGCGAUCAUGGUGGCUGACCCUGACUCUCCUGGGAGCCAGCGACUCUCCUUCGUUGGAGCCAUAUCUGAAAUCAUCGAGUAUAUGGCAACACAGGCAAAUUUCUCCAUUACGUAUGUGAGGCCUCCUGAUAGAAUCUGGGGCAACAAGAGGAAAGAUGGUUCCUGGUCUGGCAUGAUGGGGAUGGUGAUCACAGGGGCAGCUGACGUGGCUCUCGGUCCCUUCGGCACCACAUCGAUUCGAAGUGAAGUAGUGGAUUUCUCAUGGCCAGUGAAUAUAGAUUACCUCAGGAUUCUGGGAGGUCGCGGGCAUCAGGAGGUAGAUCCCUGGAGCUUCCUGCUUCCCCUGACGCCUCUGGUAUGGGCUGCUACCCUGGCGGCGCUGCUGAUACUAUCUGUUAUGCAUUACCUCCUAUCUUCGUGGUUUAAUUAUCAUGCGAUGAAAAGGCACAUGAGCUCGACGGAUAACUUAAGUUAUAUUCGUAUUCUGUUACAACAAGACUUGCUGGUUCCCGCGUACUGGUGGUGGGAGAAGUUGAUGUUGGUAGUGUGGAUGAUGAUGGCUGCGUUGGUGCUAACACGAAGCUACUCAGACAGCCUCAUUUCCCUCCUGGCCGUAAGAAACAUCCCAGAGCCAUACGAGUCUCUAAGGGAUGUGCUUGAUGAUUCGUCCGUCACCAUGAUCUCUCAGGAGAGCUCUAUCCUGUCACAACAUUUGCAAACUGUCGAGUCUGGUCCAUUUCUCGAAGUGAAAGAACUGGAGAAGGUUGGACGUAUUCUAUACGUACCUUUGGGAGAGUUUUCAAGAGCAGCUGACGAACUGGUAAGACCCGGCCAUCACGUCCUUAUUGAUAUCACUGUUAACCACAGGAACUUGGUGGCUCAAGACUUCUCACGAACAGGUCGUUGCGACUUCUACUUAUCCAGAGAAACAUUCCUCGGCUUCCCAUUUGCCCUGAUAGUCAAGAAGAACAGCCCACUUGCCCCGAUGCUCUUCAAAAGAACUUUGAGGAUUAUGGAAACCGGUUUGGUGCAAUAUUGGCUUAUGUCUACUACUAGAAAUUCUACAGACUGUCUAAAUUCUCCAAAGAAGAUAACUAUUACUUCUAGUCUCUCGUUAAACAACUUAUGGCCUUUGACAUUGAUUCGUGAUCUCGCAAGUGUCAUUACCCAUAUUGUAACAUCGUACAACUGUUCCUCAACACAGUGUUCAUUUAUCUUAUUUAUGCACCAUGUGUAUUACUUAGGUUUAAGAACUACUCGCUGA